AUGGCCGUGGGGCUCAGUGUGGAGCAUCCGUGUGCAGCGAGGCCGUCCCAGGGGCCAGGAGCUGCGAUUGGCGUCUCUGCGAGGCCGAAGGAGCAGCCCCGGCAGGAGCAGUGCCGCUGGGACGAGGGGCAGAAGGUGCUCAAGGGAGUCGAUGCUGUGCCUGUGUGGGUGGGAGAGGGAGGGGCUGCAGAGUUGAGGCUGGUGAAUGGCGGCAGCCGCUGCGCUGGGAGAGUGGAGGUGGAACACGAGGGACAGUGGGGAACUGUCUGUAGUGUCAACUGGGACUUGAAAGAUGCUGCAGUGGUUUGCAAGCAGCUGGGAUGGUUUGUCCGGCUGGUCGGAGGGGACAACGACUGCUCAGGACACGUGGAGAUCCAUGAUGGGGAGAAGUGGAAAAGUGUCUGUGCCUCAGCCUUUGGUGCCAGAGCUGCUGCUGUGGUCUGCAGGGAGCUGCAGUGUGGGGCAGCCCUGAACAUCCGAGGGGCAGCUCGUGAUGGAGCCAGCACCGGGUUCAGGCUGGUGAACGGCAGCACGGCGUGCGAGGGGAGGGUGGAGCUGCACGUGCAGGGGACCUGGGGCAGCCUCUGUGCCUCCCGCUGGCACCUCUCCGACGCCCACGUCCUCUGUGGCCGCCUGGGCUGUGGCUUUGCCAUGUCCCUUCCCAGAGGAGGGAGUUUUGGGAGAGGAACGGGCCCCGUCUGGAGAGACUCGUUCUGCUGCAGUGGGACUGAAUCCCACCUGGGACAGUGCCCAGUGACCGUGCUGGGGGCCUCCCCGUGCUCCCAUGAGGAUGCUGCUGCUGUCAUCUGCUCAGGCCCUGCUGGCUCCGGGUCCCUGCGGCUGGUGGGGGGAGGGAGCCGGUGCGCCGGGCGAGUGGAGAUCUUCCUUCAGGAGACGUGGGGCAGAGUCCUGUCUGAGCAGUGGGACGUGGCAGAGGCCCGUGUGGCGUGUCGGCAGCUGCGGUGCGGAGAGGCAGAGAUGGCCUACAACUCGCCCAAGGCCGAGCGAGGGACGGGCCCCGUGGGGCUGCGAGGGGGUGGGUGGGCAGCCGGCCCCCGCCGCCAUCUGGGCUCCGUCCCCACCGCAGGGAGCCGGCGCGUGCGGCUGGCGAACGGGCCCGGGCGCUGCGCCGGGAGAGUGGAGAUCUACUCCCAGGGCAGCUGGGGCAGCGUCUGUGACGACGGCUGGGACCUGCCCGAUGCCGCCGUCGUGUGCCGGCAGCUGGGCUGCGGAGGGGCCGUGCGGGCGCCGGGCUCUGCCGCCUUUGGGGAGGGCUCCGGGCACAUCUGGCUGGACGGCGUCAACUGCUCCGGGGCCGAAGCCGCUCUCUGGGACUGCCCGGCCGGGCCCUGGGGGCGGCACGACUGCGGGCACAAAGAGGACGCCGGAGCCGUCUGCUCGGAGUUCACGGCCCUGAGGCUGGAGAACAGCGACGGCUGCUCCGGCCGCCUGCAGGUUUUCUACAACGGGACGUGGGGCAGCGUUUGCUCCAACUCCAUGACCCCCAAAACGGUGUCACUGGCGUGCGAGGAGCUGGGCUGCGGGAAGGAAGGGACCCUGGAGAUACAAUGGCCACGGGGCAGAGUGUCUGGCCCCGCCUGGCUGGACCAUGUGGAGUGUGAGGAGAGACACGGCUCCUUCUGGCUGUGUCCCUCCGAUCCCUGGAACCCGCGGUCGUGCGACGAGCUGCGAGAUGUGACCCACAUCACCUGCCGUGGGGCUGCAGAGUUGAGGCUGGUGGAUGGCGGCAGCCGCUGCGCUGGGAGAGUGGAGGUGGAACACGAGGGACAGUGGGGAACUGUCUGUAGUGUCAACUGGGACUUGAAAGAUGCUGCAGUGGUUUGCAAACAGCUGGGAUGUGGGUCUGCUGUUCAAGCUUUUCGGCACGGAAAUUUCGGUCCAGGAUCUGGCCCCAUUUGGUUGAUUGAUAUUCAGUGUCGUGGCUCCGAGCCUGCCCUGUCCAACUGUACACACAGCGGAUGGGGUGAGAACAACUGUGUUCACAGCAUGGACGCUGGGGUGAGCUGUUCAGGGUUUGUCCGGCUGGUCGGAGGGGACAACGACUGCUCAGGACACGUGGAGAUCCAUGAUGGGGAGAAGUGGAAAAGUGUCUGUGCCUCAGCCUUUGGUGCCAGAGCUGCUGCUGUGGUCUGCAGGGAGCUGCAGUGUGGGGCAGCCCUGAACAUCCAAGGGGCAGCUCGUGAUGGAGCCAGCACCGGGUUCAGGCUGGUGAACAGCAGCACGGCGUGCGAGGGGAGGGUGGAGCUGCACGUGCAGGGGACCUGGGGCAGCCUCUGUGCCUCCCGCUGGCACCUCUCCGACGCCCACGUCCUCUGUGGCCGCCUGGGCUGUGGCUUUGCCAUGUCCCUUCCCAGAGGAGGGAGUUUUGGGAGAGGAACGGGCCCCGUCUGGAGAGACUCGUUCCACUGCAGUGGGACUGAAGCCCACCUGGGACAGUGCCCAGUGACUGUGCUGGGGGCCUCUCCGUGCUCCCAUGAGGAUGCUGCUGCUGUCAUCUGCUCAGGCCCCGCUGGCUCCGGGUCCCUGCGGCUGGUGGGGGGAGGGAGCCGGUGCGCCGGGCGAGUGGAGAUCUUCCAGCGCGGGACGUGGGGCAGAGUCCUGUCUGAGCAGUGGGACGUGGCGGAGGCCCGUGUGGCGUGUCGGCAGCUGCAGUGCGGAGAGGCAGAGAUGGCCUACAACCCGCCCAAGGCCGAGCGAGGGAUGGGGAGCCGGCGCGUGCGGCUGACGAACGGGCCCGGGCGCUGCGCCGGGAGAGUGGAGAUCUACUCCCAGGGCAGCUGGGGCAGCGUCUGCGACGACGGCUGGGACCUGCCCGAUGCCGCCGUUGUGUGCCGGCAGCUGGGCUGCGGAGGGGCCGUGGAGGCGCCGGGCUCUGCCGCCUUUGGGGAGGGCUCCGGGCACAUCUGGCUGGACAGUGUCAACUGCUCCGGGGCCGAAGCCGCUCUCUGGGACUGCCCGGCCGGGCCCUGGGGGCGGCACGACUGCGGGCACAAAGAGGACGCCGGAGCCAUCUGCUCGGAGUUCACGGCCCUGAGGCUGGAGAACAGCGACGGCUGCUCCGGCCGCCUGCAGGUUUUCUACAACGGGACGUGGGGCAGCGUUUGCUCCAACUCCAUGACCCCCAAAACGGUGUCACUGGCGUGCGAGGAGCUGGGCUGCGGGAAGGAAGGGACCCUGGAGAUACAAUGGCCACGGGGCAGAGUGUCUGGCCCCGCCUGGCUGGACCGUGUGGAGUGUGAGGAGAGACACGGCUCCUUCUGGCUGUGUCCCUCCGAUCCCUGGAACCCGCGGUCGUGCGACGAGCUGCGAGAUGUGACCCACAUCACCUGCCGUGAUCCCACUCGGGGCCGCCCGACCAGCAGCAGAAGCGUCUCGUUGCCCGUCAUCAUGUGCAUGAUCCUGGGAGCCCUUGUCUGCCUGCUGCUGGCCCUCCUGGCCUGGAGAGUGCUCAGCACCAGGGCUGAGCGCAGAGGCUCCCAGACAGCCCUGGAGCCCUUCCCUGAGGCCAUUUACCAGGAGAUGUGUUACAGCCCAGUGUGGGAGGAGCAGGAGACAUUCAAACCAUCAGAUGUCCCUGUCCUGCCCAAAGGUGGCCCAGCAGAUGGCUAUGAUGAUGCCAGGGAGGUUUCUGACCCAGGGGAGGACCUUGUGUCUGGGCAGAGAGACUGGGAAGUGCCCAGGGCAGCAGAGGAGGGAGCAGGGCCCAGGGACGCAGCUGGAGAGACAAAGCUGUGCUCCCAGAGCAGUGCCGGGGCCCCUGGAGCUGAGGGAGAUGCCCAGUGCCUGUGCCCAGAGAGCUGGAGCUACGACGAUGCCCAAGAGGUGUCCCUGGCACAUCCCCCUGAGGACAGCGAGGCCGUGACACCGCAGCUCAGGGCACAAGGGUGGCCCAUCCCCGGGCCAGGAGAGCCCGUCACUGCCGCGGGGCUGGGAGCAGCUGGGAGGGAGGAGGGAGCUGUGCGGCUGGGAGAGCCCUGA